CGAGAGGAGAAAAGAGCAGAAGGGAGGAGAAGAGGAGAGCAGGAUGCAAUUUCUGCAGCGAUCUUUAUCGCUGGCGGUGUCUUGGCUCCUGGCGAUGCUGUACCCGGGGCUGCCCAUGGAGUUACACCAGAAAUACAGGACUGCGCAGCCCACCAACAACUUUGCGGUCGACCCGGUGGACGGUCGAGUCUAUUUGGCCGCAGUGAACAGGUUGUACCAGCUGCACUGGGACCUGUCGGAGGAACUCCGCACCAUAACCGGGCCGGUGGAAGACAACGUGCUGUGCCACGCUCCCCAGCUGCCCGAAGCCACCUGCGACCGCCUCAAGGUCAUGAUGGACAACCACAACAAGAUCCUGCAGCUGGACCGCGGGCAGGACAUCAUCGUCGUCUGCGGCUCCGUCUACCAGGGCUUCUGCGAGCUCAGGCGAGUGGGCAACAUCUCGGAGAUCGCCGUGGAGUUCCCACCGCACAAGUCGUCCGACAUCGUCUUUCCUAGCAUGCUCUACAUCGCGGCCAACGACCCCAACGCCUCCACCGUGGGUCUGAUCCUCAAGACGUCGCGAGGAGGCACCAAGCUCCUGGUGGCGGCCACCUACACGGGGCUGGGGACUCGCUUCUUCCCCAAGAACAACAGCAAAGAGGACCUGCGCUUCGAGAACACGCCCGAGAUCGCCAUCAGGUCCCUGGACAUCAGCCAGCUCAACAGGCUCUUCACCUAUGACAUCAACCCGUCCGAGGACAACGUCUUCAAGAUCAAGAUCGAGGCCAAGGCCAGGAACAGGCUGAGCUUCGUGCACGCCUUCAUCCAGAAGGCUUACACCUACGUGGCCAUGAACAACGACGCCAACUCGGGCAAUAAGGAGAGUCACCACAGCAUCCUGGCCAGGAUCUGCCUGGACAACAAGAGCAAGAGUCUGUCUGAGACCAAGAAGCUGACCGAGUCUUACAUCCAGGUGGGAUUGCAGUGCAGCGUGGAGGAGCGAGUCUUCAACAGGUUGGUCUCGGUCUUUCCAGCCCAAAUCAGUCUCCAGGCCAAACCGGUUCCGGCUCGGGCCCAACCUCACACGGAGCUCCAGGAGGUGCUGUUCGGGGUCUUCGAGCGAUCCGACAAGCACACGGCCCUGUGCGUCUUCAGCUUCUCCGAUAUAGAGCAGAGGAUCAGGGAGGCCAGGAGGAAUUGCUUCAAGGAGUUCAAGACCGAGGAGGUGACCGUUCUUGACAGUGUGAUCCAGGGCAGUGGACCUGCCUGCAAGGCCAAGAAUAUCACAUUGCAGAACACUCAGCUGGACUGUGGAGCUGCUCAUCUCCAACACCCGCUCUCGAUAAAGACGCCGAUUAAAGCGACACCGAUCUUCGUGUACACAGGUCUCACCUCGGUGGCUGUGUUGAGUGUCAACAACCACACUGUGGUGUUCCUGGGCACAGCCAGUGGAUGGAUGUUAAAGCUAAACGUACGGAGCAACAGGACCAUUGGGAAUAUUAAAAAGAUUCCAGUGUCUCCCGGCGAGUCUAUCCAUCAUAUCAUGCAGUUCGAUCCCCAGGACAGUAACUAUCUCUAUGUGAUGGCCACAUACCAGAUGAGUCGUGUUAAGGUCGCCACCUGUGAUCAGUACAAGUCCUGUACUGAGUGCCUUGUGGCAGAAGAUGCUCACUGUGGUUGGUGCACCUUGGAAAGCAGGUGUAGCUUACAGAAGGACUGUGUGGAUUCCAAUUAUCCUUUGUACUGGACUGGUCUGGGCUCUCGUUUAGACCAAUGUCCCAACAUGACCAUUGUACCACCUGAAAUCAACCUUGCCCAUAGUAAUCCCUCGGAUAUUGGAAUCACCAUCGGUGGAAAUGUCCCGGAUCUGAGUGGGCGAACAGUUUAUUGCAAAUACAGUAAUGGGGAGAAGACUCUCGUGACCGUGUCCAAAAUUAAAUCAUACCAACUUGGAUACUGCCCUUUUCUGGUCAAAGAGAAAUACCCCUCAUUCCUCCCAAAUAAAGAUCAUACUGUGGUGAUUGUUGAGGUCCAAGUAGAUAACAGAACCAUCGUGUGGGGUAGUUUGACCAUCUACGACUGCGAGAGGACAGGGCAGGUCCACGCGAAGACAGCGUGUGCGAGCUGCCUCGGGACUAAGUGGAGGUGCUCCUGGUGUGUCAGCGAUCACAAAUGUGUCUCGAGCAAGGACGAUUGCGGGGACGGUUUGACAGCUGGCUUGGCCACGAAUCUCACACAGUGUCCACAAAUCGUAGCAGCAGCCAUCACUCUGAUCCCAACCGGGAGUGAGGAAGUCAUCCCUGUCACUCUGGUCAACAGUGCAGGGUUACAGACCACAAAGCUGGAGUGUGACUUCGGUGAUCAGGUGCUAGCAGCAACAUGGCUUAACACAACCACUGUCCUGUGUGAUGCUGUCAAGUUGUCUGCAAACAACAAAAGCCAUGGGUUUCCAGUCAACCUGAGGCUGAGAGAAAACCCACAAAAAUUCAUCGAUAAUCCAAACACAAUAUCAGUGGAAGUGUAUAACUGUGCUCUGGGGAGCACAGACUGCUCGCAGUGUUGGGGGAGAGAGGACCAGGGCCAUCUCUGUGCCUGGUGUGAGUCCGGCCUGAGCUGCAAACUGAGGAGCGAAUGCAGACAAGUCAAGGAGACUUGUGCCCCACCCAUGAUCACCAGAAUAGAGCCCCUCACUGGGCCUGUGGACGGAGGGACUUUGCUGACUAUAAAAGGCAGCAACCUGGGUCGGAGAUUCAGUGAUAUAAAGGAAGGCGUUAGUAUCGGUGAAGUGCAGUGUAUCCCUCUUGAGAAGAGUUACGUGGUUUCUGAAGAGAUUGUGUGCAGGACCGAGCCAGCAAGCAGCGUGCUUCAAGGUGUAGUGACUGUGACUGUGGGGAAAGCAGGAACCUCCAAAGAGAUAUUCUCCUUUCUGGUUCCAGAAGUCUCCUCAGUGUCGCCAGACAGAGGGCCCAAAGCCGGAGGGACCAAAGUCCUCAUUAGUGGUCAAAACCUAGACAUUGGCUCUUCUAUCAGAGUUGUGGUCAACGGUACCCAGGACUGUAGAGAUCUAAUACGGACUCAAAACAAUAUAACGUGUGUAAUGCCGGCUUUCAACCGGACCGAGGUGGCUGUUCCUGUGUGCGUGCGGUUUGAGAGAAAGGAUUGUGUCCACAAUUCCACAACCUUCCAGUACAUGGAGAACCCGACAAUCGAUAGCAUCAACCCCAACACCAGUUACAUCAGCGGUGGGAGAAGAAUCACAGUGAAAGGCCAUCGAUUCAGUUUAGCCCAGAAAGUCACCAUGGUGGUUCAGAGCCUUGGAAAAGCGGAAUCAACGUGUACAGUUGAAAACGACACCGUUAUAAUCUGCCCUUCUCCCGCAUACUCGAUCACUAAGAAGGGCCAGCCGGCUAGCGUCAGCUUUUACAUUAACCAGAUUGACUACGUUGAUAUGGAGGAUUCCCCGGGUGACAAUGCCGCUCAUUACAAGUUCACGUUGGACUACCGCAGUGACCCACACUUCUCCCGCAAGGACAAGUUCAUCAAACACCACCAAGGGGAGCCACUCACACUGGUGAUUGAAAAAACAGCGGACAUUUUGAAUCUGGCACCAGAAGAGUAUGAGGUGAUGGUCGGCCCUUUUCUGUGUGAGAUCUACGUUGUGAAAGAAAAGAUCCAUUGCACCAUCAACGUCUCCCUGGAUACGGACGAGAGACAGCUACCAGUUGUAGUGCGAGUGGGUAGAUACAACGAAACCAUCGCGAUGGUGCAGUUGGGGGAGAUCGAGACAUUUAUCGUGAUAACCAUAGUGGUUUGCAUCAUUCUGUUGCUGCUGUGCGCUAUAGCCUUGGUCGUAUUCUGCACAAAGAGCCGUCGGGCAGAACGUUACCGGCAGAAGACGUUGCUGCAGAUGGAGGAGAUGGAGGCUCAGAUCAGGGAUGAAAUCCGCAAAGGGUUCGCCGAGCUGCAGACGGACAUGACGGACCUCACCAAAGAAUUAAACCGUAGCCAGGGCAUUCCCUUCCUGGAGUACAAGCACUUUGUGAUUCGCACUUUCUUCCCAAAGUGCUCGAACGAGUAUGAAAACCGAAUCCCUCAGUCCUUACACCAACUGAGCUCUCCACCCAACAUGACGAAAAUGACCGCAAUGCCCCCAGAGAGCCACCCGCUUCUGCUCAACGAUUGGAACAUUCCCGAAAACUGCCGACACAACAUGGAAGAGGGGAUCAGCAUGUUCUCAACACUGCUCAAUAACAAGCAUUUUCUGGUCACCUUCGUACAUGCACUAGAACAGCAGAAGGACUUUGCAGUGAGAGACAGAUGUAAAUUAGCAUCGCUGCUGACCAUCGCGUUACAUGGGAAGCUCGAGUACUACACCAGCAUCAUGAAGGACCUGCUGGUGGACCUGAUCGAUGCCUCUGCCUCCAAGAACCCAAAGCUGAUGCUGCGGAGGACGGAGUCGGUGGUGGAGAAGAUGCUCACCAACUGGAUGUCCAUCUGCAUGUACCGCUUCCUGAAGGAGACUGUAGGGGAGCCUUUCUUCCUAUUGCUGUGCGCCAUGAAGCAGCAAAUUAACAAAGGAUCGGUGGAUGCCAUCACAGGGAAGGCAAGAUACACCCUCAACGAAGAAUGGCUUCUAAGAGAGAACAUUGAAGCGAAACCCACAAACUUGAAUGUCUCCUUCCAAGGAUGUGGCAUGGAUUCCCUCACAGUGCGAGUGAUGGACAGCGACGCUAUCAGCCAGGUAAAGGAGAAGAUGCUGGAAGGAUUUUACAAGAAUGUGCCUUACUCCCAGUGGCCUAGGGUAGAAGAUGUUGAUCUGGAAUGGUUUGCCUCCAGCACCGACAGCUGGAUACUGCGGGACCUGGAUAACACGUCAUUCAAUGAGGACGGUCGAAAGAAACUCAACACGAUUUCCCAUUACAAGGUCCACGAUGGAGCAUCACUAGCCAUGAGCCUGAAAGACAAGUGGGACGGCACACUUGGAAGAGUGAAAGACUUGGACACCGACAAAUACUUCCACUUAGGUCUCCCUCACGAUGAGAUGAACGAUAGCAAAAGGUCGCAUAAACACAGCCACCAGAAGAAAGUGCUUCCCGAGAUCUACCUGACGAGGCUACUCUCCACCAAGGGCACGUUGCAGAAGUUUUUGGACGAUCUAUUCCGAGCGAUCCUGAGCAUCCCCUUAGAGAGACCUCCCUACGCUGUGAAAUACUUCUUCGACUUCCUGGAAGAGCAAGCGGAGAUGAGAGGCAUCAUCGACCCGGACACCCUUCAUAUCUGGAAAACAAACAGUUUGCCGUUGCGGUUCUGGGUGAAUAUUCUGAAGAACCCGCAGUUUGUGUUCGAUGUGGAGAAGACGGAUCACAUGGACGCCUGUCUGUCCGUCAUAGCUCAGGCCUUCAUCGAUGCAUGUUCCAUCUCAGACCUACAACUGGGCAAGGACUCGCCCACGAAUAAGCUUCUGUACGCCAAAGAAAUCCCAGAGUACAAGAAAGUGGUCCAGAGAUAUUACAGCGACAUCCAGAAAAUGGUGACACUCAGCGAACAGGAAAUGAAUGCUCACUUGGCAGAAGAAUCCCGGGCCUACAGGAAUGAAUUUAACUCCAAUUUUGCCAUGGCUGAAAUCUAUGAAUACGCCAAGCGAUAUCGCACUCAAGUAAUGAACGCUUUGGAGACAAACGCCAUGACACAACGCACACACCUACAGCACAAGUUCGAGCAGGUUAUUGCACUGAUGGAAGACAAUAUUUACGAGUGUUUCAGCGAGGCUUGAGUGCAGGAAACCUGCGUGGUCUGCUCUGGACAGAAAUUGGUUUACAGCAAGGAUGUUUCACAUCCUCAACAGUCAUUUCCAUGAACUGUUUUUUCACCAUGUUGUAUUCCUCACCUUCCCCCCAACCCACCGCCGUGCACUCCUCACUCCUGUUUCACCAGUUACAGGUGCAUCACCUUACUGAUGUGUCAUGUUUAUCUGAGACCAUUCAAGGAGCGAUUGAUUAAACCUUGUACCAUUGGACGGGGUUUAGGGGGGAAACAAACCAGCCAACAGAACCAACAGUUUCUAAGAGAUAUAUAUAUAAACACGAGUGGACUCAUUUCAAAUAGGAACCAGUCUUCGCAUCCAGUCCUGCAUUGAACACAGGAAGAAAAUACAUUCAAGAUUUGUUUCCGAUAAUCUCAGGGUAUGGAUAGGUUGGAGCGUAUGAGGUUGUGCGGCGUGUUAGCAAGUAGGCAAACCAGCUUUACGUUCUCAGGCAAUAACAUUGACAAGAAAAUUAGAGGUGGUAUAAAAAGAGCAUCUUAAGCCAUUUGUGCCCACCCUGUUUCGUGGGCAGAUAAGGGAAAAUGAAGAGGACUAGCAAACACGUACUUGGAUUGUGUGCCAGGGAAAGAGAGGGUGAGGGUGCAAAAAAAAAAAAAAAGGAUGAAGGGAAAUUAGCAAUUGGUUCUCAAAUCGUUUAGCAAGAGUUUAGGAGCUGAAUGUUGCUUUGUCUAGUCGUUCUAAUUUAAAAUUUCAGUAAGUUUUUUUUAUAUAUAUGAAAAUCAUUGCAGUCAGAACUGUGAAACAACACUGUGGCAAUGAGUAGCAAAGCCUUUCUUUCUUUUCACUACAAGUUAAGCGCUGAACUGGACCGUUGUAAAUCUGGAGCAGUGAAAAUAUCUCAGUCUCAUCAACUUCUCGCAGAGACUGACGUACGCAAGUGGUCUGGAGAAAGAACAGUGAAUGUAUGAUUUAGUACAGAGUGCAUAACCCAAUGUUUUUCUGUUGUCCACACUGGAGCCAUUGCUUUGAGAUCCUGCAAUGUAAAUAUUACAUAUCAAGACCAAUGGUGCAAAUUAACUUGGAGCACAAAUUAGUCAGAGGUCAUCAUUGGUGCCAUGUGAAGAAAUCACUGUACUUGCACUGUUUAAUGCAUCAAUGUCUGAAAAUUGAUUAAACUUGUUUCUUGUACUUAA